UAAACCAUUUGUAUAGACGUAGUUGUCAUCUGUCUAAUUCAAAAAAACACAUUACACAUUCAUUCAUUCAUCCAUAAUAUAUAUAUAUGGCAAACAUAGCGAUUCUGGGGAUGAUAUCGAUGAUGAUGAUGGCCGUGGUUGUAAUGAGCUCCGGCGAUCACCUGGCAGCGUCGUGCAUGUCGGUGGACACCAAGCUGGUUUCGUGCGUAUCGUACGUGGAGAGCGAAAAAUCGGAGAAUCCGCCGAGCGCAUGCUGCAGCGGCGUUAAGGCCAUAGUAGCCGAGGCGACCACCAAGAAGGAUCGCGUUAAGCUUUGCAACUGCCUACAGCAAGCAGUAGAAAAGCUCGGCGAUCAAAUCAUUCCCGACAAGAUUACCGGCCUUCCUAAAGCCUGUGGAGUCUCCUUCGACAUGCCCCCCAUUGCCGAUAAGAACUUCAAUUGCUCCACGAUUUCUUUCGCCGUGUAAGCUGCUUGCUUGGCUUAAUUGGAUGAGCAUUCAGAUCGCUCUCUAUAUGAAAUUAUGAGUCUAAUUAACUAUAAUAAUGGUAUAUCAAUAAUGGUAUAAAUAUGUAAUAAUAAUACUAUGUACAAAUGUAUAAUUACAAUAAUAACACACUUGCUGAUGAAUU